AUGUACGCGGCUCGCAGGCGGAGGAAGCCGGUGCCGCGGGGGGUGAGGCUGGAAUCGGCCGCAGGAGAAGGCUCCAACCCUUCCAAACGGCACCGGGAGCGGCUGAACCGGGAGCUGGAGCGGCUGGCGGGGCUCCUGCCCUUCCCCCGGGAGGUGGUGGCCGGGCUGGAUAAACUGUCGGUUCUGCGUCUCAGCGCCGGGUACCUCCGUGCCAAGACCUUCUUCAGCGUUGCCCUGAAGAAUCACGGUGCCAAAGCAGCAGAGAGUGAUGGGGACUGCAGGAAUGGGCCAGCUCCAGGCUCAGCAGCAGUGCCAGAGGGUGAGCUGCUCCUACAGGCCCUCAAUGGCUUCGUGCUGGUGGUGACAUCAGAAGGGCUGAUAUUUUACUCCUCGCAUACGAUUCAGGACUACCUGGGAUUUCACCAGACAGAUGUCAUGCACCAGAGUGUCUUUGAGCUGAUCCACACUGAGGACCAGCAGGAAUUCAGACGCAACCUCCACUGGGCCCUCAACCCACCACACUCUCCUGAGGGUGAGCCUUCUCCAGAAGGAGGGAAGAGUCUUGGCUCUUCUGCUGUCGCCUACAAGCCAGAUCAGCUGCCCCCUGAAAAUUCCUCCUUUCUGGAAAGGAGCUUUGUGUGCCGCUUCCGCUGCCUCCUGGACAAUUCCUCUGGCUUCCUGGCUUUAAACCUUCAGGGCAGGCUGAAAUUCCUGCAUGGGCAGAACAAAAGGUCUGAAGAUGGGUCUGCACUGCCACCCCAGCUGGCUCUCUUCGCCAUCUCCACCCCCUUGCAGCCCCCCUCCAUCCUGCAGAUCCGAACCAAGAACAUGAUCUUCCGGACGAAGCACAAGCUGGACUUCACCCCCUUGGCGUGCGAUGCCAAGGGGAAGAUCGUUCUGGGCUACACCGAGGCAGAGCUGCGGACGCGCGGCACUGGCUACCAGUUUGUCCACGCCGCCGACAUGCUGUACUGCGCCGAGAACCACGUCCGGAUGAUGAGGACGGGGGAGAGCGGCCUGACGGUUUUCCGCCUGCUGACGAAGGAGAAGCGCUGGAAGUGGGUGCAGGCCAACGCGCGGCUCGUCUACCGGCACGGCAAGCCCGAGUACAUCGUUGUCACCCAGAGGCCCCUGGUAGAUGAAGAGGGAGGAGAGCACCUUCGGAAGCGGUCCAUGCAUCUUCCCUUUACCUUCGCUACAGGAGAGGCACUCUUAUACCAAAGUGCCUACCCUCUCCCGGGCUUCCCUGACCCUUUCCAGAGCAAAGGGAAGACCAGCAGGUCCAGGAGGGUCUCCCAGAGGCAUGGAGGGCACUCCCAGGAGGAUGCUGUUGACCCCAGUUCUCUGCUGGGUGCCGUGAUGCGACAGGAUGAGGCGGUUUAUGUCUCCCAUCCAGCUCCUGCACCUAACCACUCCUUCAGCAGCAGUUUUGGGGACCCCCUGGAGGAUGUGUCCUUGCUGGAUGCAGGAAGAGAUGCUGGGAGUAUGAACAUUGCUCCAGUUCCUUUGAAAGGGGACAGCCUCCAAGAGGGGCUCGUGGAUUUGCAGCGGGACUGCCCUGUCUUGGCCACCUUGGACUCGCUCUCCAUUAAAAGUGAUGAGAGCUGUUCCAACAAUGAGCUCUUUAGUGCACUGGAGGGCCUGGGCUUGAACGCUGAGGACCUGGAGCUCCUGCUGCUGGAUGAGAAAAUGGUGAUGGUCAAUAGGGACCCUGAGCACAGCCCAUCCCUGAACAACUGCUUCGCCAGCAACGAGAUUCUCUCCUAUGUCCACGCCACUCUGGUGAGCAAGAACCAAGGGGGACAACAGGUCUGUCCCCUGCCAGGCACAUCCCUGAGCCCACGGGGAGGCACUGCCACCUACCAGGCCCACAUGGAGCACAAGGACUCACAGUUCCUGCCCCAGCCUGUGAUGCAGCCCGGCAUGGCCCCAGGCCAGCCCCCUGCUCCCCUCUGGGAGCAACCGGUGCCAGCCGAGGAGGAGGAAGAGCCAUCUGAUGGCUUGCAGUGGAAGCCAGCUGGGGAGGAAGGUCUGCUCCACUUCCUUCAGCCAGCACAGGGCACCUCGUGGGACAAAGCAGCCACUUCACCCCCAGGAGUGCCCUGCCCACGGGAGCCACCCGGGACUCAGCAGCUGGAGGGUGACUUCACGCCCGUGCGUCCCACCCGAGAAGAUCCCUGCCACUCCUUCUCCCUGCCCAGCCAGAGCCAGGGCCAGCUGGGACCUCCCAGCCAGCCCAGACACUGUCACUUGCCCGUGAAUGGGUUGUGCAGCCACAGCCCUGGCUCUGCUCCACACCUCCUGGCCAGCAGCAGCCCCAGCCCAUGGCAGGACUAUGUUUCCCCACUCCUGGGCUCCCCAGCUCAGCCUGUUUUUUCUGGCAUCAGCCAAGACUUCAUCUCCCAGCACCAGGGCUGCUUGGGUCCAGGGCCUGAUGUGCCCACCACCCACUUCAGCCUGAGCAGAUUAUGCAGUGUGGAAGCUGCCAGCAGCGUGGGGGCUCAGGAAGAGGUGGCUCCACACUCUGGGUUUUUCUCCCCUUCCUCAUACCAGCUUAUUCCCAAGAAGCAGCCCAGCCCUGUUCCCUCCACAUCCCAGCACCCUUUUCCAAGCUCAUCUGCAGAGCAUUUCGGGAACGUCGUCAGCCUCUUGGAGCCUCCUGUGAACUCCUAUGGGACACACACCCUGAGCCAGGAGAGCAGGCACAGGCCUGACAGUGGCUGUGUUUUGUCCAGCACUCCUGUGAGACCCCCUGGAGACCACCCAGUGCUGGGGGGGAGCCUGGUUCCCCCUUGCCAGCUCCAUCCUCGGGAAGAAGUGCUGCCAGAUGACCCUCAUGCCUCCAGCAGGGACUUCUGCCUCUAGGAGAGAGAGACUGGACCAGACAAAGCAGGACUACUCCCCAGGGAAGGAGCUGUCUUCAAGUUGCAGAUACCCAACACUUCCCCCACCACACGUCCUGCCAUUGCUCUUGGUGUCGGUUGCUUUGGCUCAGUGGGGCUUUUUUGUGUGUGUGUGUGUGUUUUUUUUGUUUUUAAUGUUAUUUUUCUAAUCAGCUUCCCACCAUCACACCUCUGCUGAGGCUCCACGUGCUGGACCUGUGGAGGUGCCCCUGGCCUGAGGAGGGCAGUGGGGCUGGAGGGCAGGUUUCCCCAGGGCAUGGGAGACAGCUGGGCCAUGAGGUGGGUCAGCUGGCCCAUGCAACCUUGUCUUUAUCUCAUGGUGUCCAAGAGUUGUGUCUCAGCUGGAGGAUCUUAGAGAUCACAUUUGUCACUUGCUGUCUCUCAUCCUGACCACCCAGCCUCCUUGCUCUUCUUUCUCCAGUGGGUUGAGUGUCUGCCCAUCCUGCCUUCACGUCACGCUGAGGGUCAGCUUGGAAAUGUUUGGGCCUUUUAUGGCAGCUGCUGCCUUUUUAAAUGGCAUUCAGACACUAAUUGGUGCUCUGGAAAGAACAAAAAUAGAAAAAAAAAGGAUUGCUCUCUAUCAGCAGCCAGGCUGAUGUGUUGGAGGUGUGACAUUUGUGGGGCAAAUCCUGCAGUCUGCCAAGAAGCCAGGGAGCAAGUUCUCCAUCUUUGCUGUUCUGCUGUUAACUGUGGGUGUGUUUGGGUGUGUUUUGCCCAGCUGUUCCUUGGCUCCCACAGUUCAGGAGUCCUCAGUCCUCAUGGUGUCUGUGGUAAGCAGCUCUUGCCCUGAAGGUGGCUUCUGAUGGCCAACAUCCUCCAGCUUCACCAAAGCUUCUCAAUUACAUGGGUGAACCAACGCAGAUCCAAGACUCCUGUGUCCAAAAAAAGAAAAGACAGGGAAGGUUUUCAUCUCUGAUGUUGAAUUUCCUGCCAUCCCAGCCAGGCACCAGUGGCUGUGGCCACAUUGUAUGGCUGUUGUGUGUUUUAGGAGGAACAUGAACCUUGAGUUGUGUUCUCGUCUUGCACUGGUCCUUCCCCAUCACCGGGUUUCCCUGCAUCCUGGGUGUUCCCACUUUUUAGACUCCAGAUUAGCAAAAACCAACCCCUGGGAUUUGCUGUGCUCUGUGUGAGGUGCCCAGGUUGGCUGAUAAGCAGUUUUUCUCCUGGGGAAUGGGGUCUGAAGUACCUGAGAAAGGCAGCAGGGGUUGUCCUCAAACAGCAGGAGCAGGCUGGUGUAUCAGCCCUACCUGCAGAGAAGUUGUGGAGCUGCUUAAGCUAUGGAGAUGGUUUUGGAUUUUAACUGUACAAAAAUAAGUCUCCCAUAAGAUGAAGGAAGUAAUUAAAACGAUCCUUUUAAGUACUGAUAGUGUUCUUUUCCCACAGAAAACAAAUACAGCCUGUAUCUAUGUACAUAUUGUUAAUUGACAGAUUUAUUUUUAUGCCACUCCAGUGGAUGAGAACAAAAAAACCAACCCUCUUGCCUUCCCAAAGUAGCAUCCUAUGGGAAGGGACAAAAAAGGCUGCUCAAAAGAUCAAAAGUACAGCAACUCUUUAAGAAACCUGA